AUGGCCUGUAUGAUUCCCGACGCCGACAAAUCCAGUGCGGAUUCUGGAAAGGGCCAGAGCGAUGAAGAUGUGUUCAGCGGCAGUGCCUACAAUCAUCGGGCUUCAUCUACGUUCCGGUUUGUUCCGCUGAUUUUGGACAAACUACCCAUCCAACCAGAAGCCUUACUAGCGUCCCCAUGCAGGCAAGAUCCCCGAACUCUGCAUUGUUUCCUCACAAAUAGUCCACAGGAAAUAGUUAAAGUUGUGGCUGAGUGUCUUCCUCAAUUGAUCGCUCUGCAUCCUUCCCUCCGCUCCGCUCCGCUCCCCUCCUCCCCCCCCCCCUUCCCUUCCCAUCCCAACCAAGCCUGA